AUGUCGAGCAAGGUCGGAAGAACUUUGGCCAAGGGCCUUGGUAUCGACGUCGAUGCCCGGUACCGCAACGAGCCUACCGAGGCCGUCCAAUCCGCCGCCGCCUCGUUCCGCUCCGUCGAGCAGUAUGAGGAGAGGGAACCUACCGUCGCCGAGUUCCUGUACGAGCACCGGCCCACGGUUCACGGCGCUGUGAACUACAUCAAGAGCCUGUUCCCCUUUUGGUCGUGGAUCUUCCACUACAAUGCUACCUGGCUUCUGGGAGACAUCAUUGCUGGUGUCACUGUCGGUUUCGUCGUCAUCCCCCAAGGCAUGGCCUACGCCCUCCUCGCGCAAUUGACUCCCGAAUACGGUCUUUACACCUCCUUUGUCGGUUUCAUUCUCUACUGGGCCUUUGCGACCUCAAAGGACAUCACAAUCGGAACCGUCGCCGUCAUGUCCCAACUUGUCGGUAACAUCGUGCUCCGCGUCAAGGACUCCCACCCGCAAUACGACGGCCCUCAAAUCGCCCAAGCCCUGGCCGUCAUCUCCGGCGCCGUCCUCCUGUUCAUUGGUCUCGUCCGCCUGGGAUGGAUCGUCGAGUUCAUCCCGCUCGUGGCCAUCACCUCCUUCAUGACUGGUGCCGCCAUCAGCAUCGCCGCGGGUCAAGUCCCCGCCCUCCUCGGUCUGCAGGGCGUCAACACGCGCAAUCCGACGUACGAGGUCAUUAUCGAUUUCUUGAAGGCGCUGCCCACUGCCAGGCUCGACGCCGCGAUGGGUCUCACGGCCUUGUUCUUGCUGUACUCUAUCCGCUCGUUCUGCAACUUCAUGUCGAACAAGCAGCCCCACCGCAAGAAGUUCUGGUUCUUCAUGUCGACACUCCGCAUGGCGUUUGUCAUUCUCCUAUACGUCCUCAUCAGCUGGCUCGUCAACCGUCACGUCAACUGGGACGCCAAGAAGGCCAAGUUCAAGAUUUUGGGCAAGGUCCCCAGUGGUUUCCAGCACACCGGCGCUCCUAAGAUUGACACGGAGCUCCUUGGUGCCGUGGCCCCUGAUUUGCCAGUCACCAUCAUCGUCCUCAUCAUCGAGCACAUUGCCAUUUCCAAGUCCUUCGGAAGAGUCAACAACUACGUCAUCAACCCCUCGCAGGAGCUCGUCGCGGUCGGCUUCACGAACCUCUUCGGACCCUUCCUCGGCGCCUACCCGGCCACCGGAUCCUUCUCCCGUACCGCCAUCAAGUCCAAGGCCGGUGUUCGCACACCCCUUGCCGGUAUAUUCACUGCCGUUAUCGUUCUCCUGGCCCUGUACGCCCUGACCUCCGUCUUCUUCUAUAUCCCCAUGGCCACCCUCGCCGGUCUCAUUAUCCACGCCGUCGGUGACCUCAUCACGCCGCCUAAGGUGGUGUACCAGUUCUGGGAGGUGUCGCCCCUUGAGGUCUUCAUCUUCUUCGCUGGCGUUCUCCUCACCAUCUUCACCAACAUUGAGAACGGCAUCUAUCUGACCAUGUGCGCAUCUGCCGCCCUCCUGCUGGUGCGUCUCGCGAAGGCCAAGGGUCACUUCCUUGGACGCGUCAAGGUCUACCGUGCCACGAAAGACACCGCCGGCAAGGGCGUUCCCUUCAACGAGAGGGGCGAGGCUAUCGAUGUUCCUGCCCGCGAGAGCUACAUCCCUCUCGAGAAGGAUGACGGCUCGAACCCCAACAUCGACGUUCAGACCCCGUACCCCGGUGUCUUUGUUUACCGGUUCGGCGAGGGCUUCAACUACACCAACCAGGCUCACUACAUGGAUGCCCUGGUCGCCUAUGUGCAGAAGCACGCAAGACGGACAAUUCUCGAUCGCUACGAGAAGCUCGGCGACCGUCCCUGGAACGACCCCGGUCCGCGCCGCGGCGCCAAGAUCGACCUCGACGAUACCCGCCCUAUCGUCCGCGCAAUCAUCCUAGACUGCUCUGCUGUUAACAACAUCGACGUGACCUCAAUCCAAGGCCUCAUCGAUGUCCGCAACGCUCUAGACCACUACGCCGAGCCCGAGGUCGUCGAAUGGCACUUCGCCAACGUCAACAACCGCUGGACCCGCCGCGCCCUCGCUGCCGCCGGCUUCGGAUUCCCCUCCGUCAAGGAUGAGGGCAACUUUGGAAGGUGGAAGCCCAUCUACAGCUUCGCACCCGUGGACUCUGGAUCAGGUCACGAGCCCCGGGUCACCUCGCAGCGCAGCCGCGACGAAGAGGAAGAGGACGUCAUCUCUCCCACGAGCAAGGGUCACGAUGGUGCUGCGAGGGUUGUGGGACGUGGUGAUGGCAAGCUUGCUGCUGUGCAGGGUAUGAAUCGGCCAUUCUUCCACAUUGAUGUUGCUGCGGCUGUGGAGAGUGCGAUUCUGAAUGCGGAGAGCAAGAGUGAUGGGCAGAGAUCGUCGGCUGAGUCGGUCCUUAAGAGCGGUUAG